GGCUAAAUGUGAGCCGACCGAAGGGAUGGAUACAGGGGAAGAAUUGGGAGUCCUUAGUGUGAACUCUCUGCGACGUAGCAUCAGCCAAAUGAUAGACGGGAAGUCUCUCACAGGAGAUGACGAUGUUUGGGACCCGAACAUCUCAGCCCAUGACAGUGGGAUGUUUAUGGAGGAUGAGGAAUUUGUGGACACCAUCAAAGGCUUCAGCACCGUGAGAAAAGAGCACACCAUGUUCACAGACACCAACCUGUGACCUGAUGAUGAACAAUUUACCCUCACAGCUCAGUCAGGAGGUUCUAGAUCCUGACCAGAGUGGAUCCUGCAUCAGUCACUCUGGUGUGUCUAAAGGAAGAGACGCCUCAAGUGAAAGAUCCAAGAAGAACAUGAGAUGGUCCGGAAAAUGAAGCAGCUGGACAACUUUUGUAGGAAUAUAUUAAAGACAUCCAACAGUAACAAUAUUAAUCCAACUGGAGAUAUUUACUGCCCAUGUUCCCCCUUUUUUUUUUUUGAGUCUUUUGUUUCUUUGAAAAAUUAAAAAAAAAAUUUCUCUUCAUGUUCUGAAUGUUAUCUGAUGGUGAUGGAUACGUGUAAACAUCAGGGAUAAAGGUAGCCUGCAUCACUUUCAGCAGAAACUUGACAUUUUUGUUCUUUACUAAAUGUAGGCUACCUUCUGAACUUUACAUAGUCAGUUUCAGACCUGCAAACAUCCUCCACCUUUAAAUUGUUUAAUUUAAAUGUAUGUGUUAAUGACAGUAGAACA